AAUCCCCCCUCCUUAGAAUUUUUGCCCCCCGAAUCUCAUGCUACUGGAUUAGCUAGGGGCACCAUACGCAGUAUCAAGGUAAAGAUCAAAGUGAACAGAAUCAACAUCGCAUAGUGUUAGGUUACGGUACUAGUCAAAAGGAACUUUGAAUCCCUUUUCCCCCAUACGUAUAGCCAUAUAUAUUGCGGCCCGCUAUGUUCAAUACUGACGUAUCGUUCAACAAGGGCAUUGUCAACUCGAUGAAUAAAGAAGAGAUGAGGUCCCCGUCACCGCUCUCCGAUCAGAGACAUCAAUCCUCGUUGGUGAGAGAAGAUCAGGAUGAACGAAAGACCCUGGAAAUCAUGCGCCCCAAAUUCAGGAAAUCAAGCUCAAGCAAUUCUGCAAACUCACUGAAGCUUGCACAGCUCCCACACCUCGAAACAAGCAUAGGAUAUGCACAUGAUGUUGCCCCCACAGAAAAGAAGCACAUAGUAAAUGUGAACGAAUCACUGCUUGAAACAGUCAAAGGUAACAAAAAAAUUCCAACUUCUUCAACCGAUUCAUUAACGUCUCGUGCAAAUAGCAACAAUAAUAGCGUGGGCAAUGCCAACCAAUCAGUCGUCACUUCCCAACCAAAAACUGCCACUGUUCCAGCGUCUAUUCUGGCAAGCUCUUCAUACCCCACCCCAAUAACACCACAGUUGAAGACUUCAACGAGCACGAUUUCGUUUCAAGUCCCGAACCAAAAACAUAGAGGAUCUAUUUCGGCUAGACCUUCGACUACCAAAGUUCCAUUGCUGGACUCACCACAAACAGGCAUACCAAGCUCAAGACAGCCUUCUGUAUCAUCUACCACACAAGCUCCUCUGUCAAGACAAGCUUCACAAUCUGCAUCGUUUCCUUCAAGCACAAACACAAAUAUACCAAAUGUAAAUACAAGUACUCCACAUAACGCACUACAAAAGUUAGGCAGCUCAUCUAUCAUAGGUGCUAAUAUUUCCAGAAGAGAAGAUGUUAGGUCUCCGGUGCAGUUUGACCUGCUGAAUGGUGUCAGCGUCGCAUCUCACAUAACUCCGAAUAAUAAAGUUAGUACUGGGACCAAUAGCAACACGACAAGUUCAAAUCAUGAAAUCCACACUUCUCCUAGAAUUGCUGAAGAGAAUAAUAAUUUACCAACCACACGUUUACUCUCCGCAGCUAAUAGUAAGUUGAGGAACUCAUCAUUACCAGGCGAGAAUAUAUACGAAUCAAAAAGCGGGAUGUCCUCUACCACAUCAAUAAAUGGGGGAAACCCCAAUUCCAACCUAUCAACGCCUUCAUCGAUUACGAAAAAGAAGACGUUGAAGACAGUAGUCACCCCACCAGUAGGCCCAUUGGUACCAUUUACCCAAUAUCUUUGCAAAGAAGAUGAUGAUAAAGUACAUAUUUUGAUUGGGGCUACAGGAUCUGUUGCAACUAUAAAAAUUCCAAUGAUUAUUGACAAACUUUUCAAAAUAUAUGGUACGAAUAAAGUGUCGAUUCAACUUGUUGUAACCACAGCUGCAGAACAUUUUUUACGUGGCAUGAAGAUCUCGUCAGAAGUAAAAAUUUGGAGAGAACAAGAAGAAUGGUCUGCUCCUGUUAAUAAAAUAAAACCAGGAGAUCCGAUUUUGCAUGUGGAGCUUAGAAAGUGGGCAGAUAUAUUUCUGAUUGCUCCACUGAGUGCUAACACCUUAGCAAAAAUUGCCAAUGGGUUGGCGGACAACUUACUCACAAGUAUUGUUCGGAUAUGGAAUCCUGCAGUCCCUAUACUUGUGGCGCCUGCUAUGAAUACUUUCAUGUAUAUGCAUCCUAUCACCAAGAUUCAUUUGAAUAUAUUAGCUGAAGAUUUCAAAUUCAUUGAGGUUUUGAAACCGGUGGAAAAAGUUUUGGUUUGUGGAGAUAUUGGCAUGGGUGGUAUGAGAGAGUGGAGUGAAGUUGUGGAUAUUACCGUCAAAAAGUUGAAGGAAAUACGAAGGAGAAAACUUGAAUUAGAAAAAGCUAAGCUCGACUUAAUAGAAAAUGGCGACAACCCAGAAGUGAACGAAUUGCAAGAAAAGGUUGCAAGUAUAAAGAUAGAAGCAGUCAAAGAUUUGGACACAAAUGGAAAAGAGUGUAAAGCUAAAGGAAAAGGUAGAGAAGAAGUUGAAGGAAAGGAAAAAGUUGAAGAAAAGGAGGAGAAGAAGGAAGAAAAAGAAGAAAAAGAAGAGGAAGAAGAGGAAGAAGAAGACGACGAGGACGACGAGGACGACGAUGAUGACGAUGAUGACGAGGACGACGAAGAUUACGAUGAUGAAGAAGAAGAAGAUGAUGAGGACGAUGAGGACGAUGAGGAAGAGGGAGAGGGCGAAAGAGAAGGAGAAGUAGGGGAUCAAAGGGAUCUUCAGGAAGUAGGAAAAAUAGAUAGAGCUGGUGAUGAAAAGAUUCCGGUGGAAACAUAAUGAAUGAGUUAAACGGUGAAUAACACAGGAACAGUACCAGCAGAACGAGACUGGCAAACCAUAACUUACGCAGUAAUUUAUAAAGGGCCGCAGUAACCAAUUUUUAUAUAAUUGAUAGUAAGAUUAUUAAUAUUGCGUUGCACUAGAUUCAUCCGUAUCUCCAUAGCCUACUACUAACCAAAACG